AAUAAGUUCUCACUUAUUGCAUCUUCCAUCAUCUUCAGUUGCUACUGUCGAGCUUUCUUUUGUUUUGUAUCCAACUGGCGAGUGUCAAAAGUUUGUCGGGUCCCGUCGACGAGUUGAAGUGGAAAAAAUAACAACAAGAAGUGAAAUUUGCAUAAAUAUGUGGUAGAUCGUGUGAGUGAUCACAAAGAGUUUUCCCCCAUUUGCGUGGAGAGUGCGAAUUCGCGCUGCAUUCCGACAAAUUCGAUUUGCAAGUUGGGUCGAGGUCGUGUCGUAAGUGCUGGUGGUGAUUGAGUGCUGUCGCCAUUUUUAAUGGGAACUUUCUGAUGGUCCAGUGUGAAAAUUGGAUACGCGAGGAUAUUGUGCGGGCGUGCUAGUUGAAGGGUUGGGUAGUUUGGCGUGUCGAUAAUGACGAAUGUUUCUAAUAAGAAUCAAAGCGGAAGGACUGAAAACAAAAAGCGCACUUUAGCCGAGCGGCCAACGCACGGAGAGCGAAACAUUUUGGGAGGAUUCCAUUCGUUUGAUGCUGACUCGUUGUCGAGCUACAGUGAGUUCGAUACGGAAUCUGUAACGUUGGACUAUUUCAGGGAGAGUUCUAGGAGACCGUCAGAAUCGAAAAUGGCUCCGACAACAACAAUUGAGACGAUAACGAUAACAAGGCCACUGAAGGUCAUAGCUUUCAUAUGUGGUAUCAUAGUAAUCGUAUUAAUGGUUAUGGCACUCGCAUCGACUGAUUGGUUGAUGGCCGCCGGCUGGCGGCAAGGUCUCUUUGUUCAUUGUAUCGAAGAGGAUAUCAUGCCUCCAUUACCAUUUAACCUACACGACCCACCAGGUUGUUACCCUAGUAGAGAUGUUGCUUAUAUUAAAGCAACUGCAGCUCUCUGUAUUAUUACAUUAAUAACAGAUGUGAUCGCAACUAUUUUAACAGGAUUUGGACUGAAGUCGCAGAAUCAUAACUUAAAAUAUAAGUUUUAUAGGAUUGCAGUUUUAGUCAUGCUGCUUUCAUUAUUAGCAGUUUUAACAGCAUUAAUACUCUACCCAGUGUGUUUCGCUGCCGAACUCAACUUGGGUAAUCGUCCAAUUUGGGAGUUUGGCUGGGCAUACGGUGUAGGAUGGGGAGCUGCUAUAUUCCUAUUCGGUGGUGUAGUUUUGCUUCUUUGCGAUAAGGAAUCUGAAGAAAUCUACUAUAAGGAGAGGAAAAUCGUUCAUGAGAAUCAAAUGCGCGCCUAGGCCAGGCCGCACGACCUGCCUGACGUCGUUCUUUAGGUUUAAGCUUUUUUGUAUUUCCCGAUGAGAAAAAAACAGAGAGAAAAAACUUUUCGAUAUUGACUUUAUAUAAAAAUUUACAAAUUAUACAUAUAAAUUAUUAUAUAUAAUAUGGAUUAUAUAUAACAGAAGAUAUAAGUGUUUAAGCUUAUGCUGCACUUGGUUCGAGUUAUUAUUAUCGUCAUUUACUGGAAUCGAUUCAAUUACCACCUUCGGUUUCCUACUCGGAACGAUACUAGUUUGUAGUUUUAUUUAUUUAUUUUUUGGUUAAGUGGACUACCCGAGGUGAGUCGCUUGCUAAAGUAAUUGAGGCAGAUAAACUCAACGAAAAGUAGAAUAUAAAGCUUCCAUAAUCAUCCCCCUACCGAUCCAAUCGAAUGAUCAUUAAGGUCGAGUUCGUAUACGUACUUAUAAUUUGAAACGGAGUGAUCAAUACUGUUAAUUGCAUAAGAUGUAGGAUAUUCACUAGAGUCUUCCCAGCAUUUGUUUCCGUUCCGAUCUGGUUGCGAUCACUUUAUCAAGUGGGUCGACGGGAGUCCUUUAGGAUUUAUUUUUUGUUUCUAGUUUCUCACAUCCAUACACUGCUUCAGACAUAUCAUUUACCAAACGAAACGAAAUUAACGGAUUUUUAUGAGUUCCUGGUUGGAGAGAUUGUUUUCGAUAUUUAUGAAUAGUUUGCGCUAUCAGUUGCCUCAGGGCCUCUCAAUAUGGAAUCCAAUUACCGGUUACUCACUGAUAGAGUCGUAGACACAAUAUAACCAAUUAUUUGUCACUAACUAUUCAAGGUUUUGUUUGGUUUGAUUAAUCGUACAAUAUUUUCGACUGUUGGGCUGUACAGAAUGCUGGACUCAGGCUAGGGUUGUAAAGUGGUAGUCAUGUAAGUACAGAAGCCCAAAUUUCGAUACAUGUCUGCUGCUCGUUCGCUAUAGAAACAGUUUGAAGAGUGCAUUCGAAACGGAGUAAUUUCCGAUUGAAAACAUAAAAACUAAAUUGUCAAUUUCUCGCAUGCCUCAUGAAGCUUGAAUUAAUUGAAAUAACUGUUCUGCCAUUACGAGUCCAACGUUUAUGCAGCUCCAUUUAAUUUGACGAUGCACAAUAAUUGAAGACACAAUUUACGUUUACUUUAGGCUUGUUGUAUUUCGAUUUUUACAAUUAUACUAUUUGACAAAGUUUUCCAAUUGACGUAGACAUUUUUAAAAGAUUUCUGCUUACUUUUUGCUUUGAAUGUUUUUCGGUUCUUAUUGACAACAAGACAUAACGUAUUUAAAUGCAUAUUCAAAAAGAAAAGAUUAAUCACAAGUAACGUUAGUAGUUGACCAAUUAAAUAUCGAAACCAAAUGAUAUUUAUACAAAAAGUAAAAAUCGUAGGCAGGAACGUGCGGAGUGUAUGUAGAAACAAAAUAAGAAACCAAAUAUUGAACGCUAAUGAUUAAGAAUAAGAAACAAAAGAACAUGUAUAUAUAACACAGCGUAAAUGUAAAUUUAUUCAAAUAAAUGUAUGUCUAAUUACCUAA